AUGGGCGACUCGCUGGUUACAACAGGGGGUAUUUCAGAUCCCGCCCUGAUCAAACUUGUGAACAGACUGCAAGAUGUCUUUUCCACCGUCGGCGUCAACAACCCUAUCGAUUUACCGCAAAUAGUCGUCGUCGGAAGUCAAUCUAGCGGUAAAAGUUCCGUGCUUGAGAACAUCGUCGGUCGAGACUUUUUACCUCGAGGUUCUGGUAUCGUAACAAGACGACCCCUCAUCCUACAACUUAUCAACCGACCUGCUACCGCCCAAACGAACGGAGUCAACGAGGAUGUCGAUAGCUCUACGGAUAAGGCAGCCAACGCGGACGAGUGGGGCGAGUUUCUGCACAUUCCCGGGCAGAAGUUCUACGACUUUAACAAGAUUCGAGAUGAAAUCAGCAGGGAGACCGAGGCCAAAGUUGGUCGCAACGCCGGCAUUUCUGCCGCGCCGAUUAAUCUAAGGGUCUACUCCCCUAACGUCCUGACUUUAACCUUGGUCGAUUUGCCUGGUCUAACGAAGGUCCCCGUAGGAGACCAACCGAGGGAUAUCGAGCGGCAAAUCAAAGACAUGGUUCUGAAAUACAUCCAAAAGUCAAAUGCUAUCAUCUUAGCUGUUACCUCCGCCAAUAUUGAUUUGGCGAAUUCAGACGGUCUCAAGCUUGCCCGGGAAGUCGAUCCCGAAGGACAGAGAACAAUCGGUGUCUUAACGAAGGUGGAUCUGAUGGACGAGGGUACAGAUGUUGUUGAUAUCCUUGCUGGGCGCGUUAUCCCGCUCCGACUUGGAUACGUGCCUGUUGUGAACAGAGGUCAAAGGGAUAUCGACAACAAGAAGCCCAUUUCAGCAUCCCUCGAAGCGGAGAAGAACUUCUUCGAGAACCAUAAGGCCUAUCGGAACAAGAGCUCAUACUGCGGUACCCCGUACCUGGCGAGAAAGCUCAACUUGAUUUUGAUGAUGCAUAUCAAGCAGACUCUGCCUGAUAUUAAAGCGAGAAUUGCCAGUUCGCUACAAAAGUACUCGGCGGAGCUCGAUAGUCUAGGCCCGUCAAUGCUGGGCAAUAGUGCGAAUAUUGUUCUUAACAUUAUAACCGAAUUUACGAACGAAUGGCGAACCGUUUUGGAAGGUAACAAUGGCGAGCUGUCCAGCACGGAACUUUCUGGCGGUGCCCGAAUCAGCUUCGUGUUCCACGAAUUAUAUUCCAACGGUGUCAAGGCGGUCGAUCCGUUUGAUGUUGUGAAAGAUGUCGAUAUCAGAACGAUACUAUACAACUCAUCUGGUUCUUCCCCGGCGCUCUUUGUCGGAACUACCGCCUUCGAAGUCAUCGUCAAGCAGCAAAUCAAGCGGCUAGAAGAGCCUAGUCUCAAAUGUGUUUCGCUCGUUUACGACGAACUUGUACGCAUUUUGUCACAGCUUCUUACUAAGGCACUGUACAGGAGAUACCCGCAGCUCAAGGAAAAGUUCCACAGUGUUGUUAUCGGCUUCUUUAAGAAGGCUAUGGAGCCCACCAAUAAGCUUGUGAAGGAUCUUGUCGCCAUGGAGUCUUGUUACAUCAACACGGCCCACCCUGACUUCCUUAACGGUCACCGAGCAAUGGCCAUCGUGAACGAGCGGUAUAACGGCGCAAAGCCCGUUCAAGUCGAUCCCAAGACUGGCAAGCCUCUACCAGCAUCGGCUACACCAGCGCGUUCUGCUAGCCCCUCGUUGGAUAGCCUCGAUAACAACACGGGCUUCUUUGGCAGUUUCUUUGCCGCCAAGAACAAAAAGAAGGCCGCUGCCAUGGAGGCUCCUCCUCCAACAUUGAAGGCAUCCGGAACUCUUUCAGAGAGAGAAAACAUCGAGGUUGAAGUUAUUAAGCUACUCAUUGCUUCGUAUUUCAACAUUGUCAAGCGGACGAUGAUCGACAUGGUCCCCAAGGCUAUCAUGCUGAACCUUGUCCAAUUUACAAAGGAGGAAAUGCAACGAGAGCUCUUGGAGAAUAUGUACCGAAACGAUACCCUGGAUGACCUACUGAAGGAAAGUGACUACACCAUCCGCCGGCGGAAGGAGUGCCAGCAAAUGGUCGAGUCCCUCGGCAAGGCCAGCGAGAUCGUCAGCCAGGUCCAGUAAUGUUAAGGAUCAUGCCGCGGGAUAUCGAAUAACUACUUUCUUGUCGGUCAGUUAGAAUGACUAUGGUCCCGGCUAGGCGCGACGUACCGAGCUACCACCGGAGCGUUGUCUUUAUUAUUAGUAGUGGUCGGGUUUUCGUCGAGUGUAUGCCUUUCCUCUCUUCCUCCCCCCCUUUUUCAUAUAACAUUAGUCACGUCACGUCAUGUCAUACCCCAACCCAAAACCCCUUUUAGACAAACGCAACGUUCCUCGGUAGAUGUGAUGAGAAAUGGGCAUUCCAA